GGCUGCUAGAAAGUCGUGACUGAAAAUGGCAACAAGCUUGUCCUAUUUUCGUCGUUUUGGCUAUGUUUCAAGGACUUUUUCUUGGACUUUCGUUCAGAAAUCAAAAUCAGAAUGUAAAUACCAAUCAAUAAGAGUGCCAAUUGUAACUAUAUGUAGAAAAUGUUCAAGUAAAUCGGACCAGGAAAAGGUAAAGGCCCCAGGCCUCGGUGAACAUCAGCAUCAUAAACCGCGGCACGACAACUGGGCCAAGGAUUUGAUCUAUAGUUUAGAUUCCAAACAGAGAAUGAAGCUAAUGAAUGAAUUAUCAGAAUUCGAGAAGGCAAAAGAAAAAAGAAAUGCACAGGAAUCUUUGCAACCUCAAGGUAUAUUCUCUGGUCAUGAUGGUAGUGAUGCAUCCCACAAAUUAGAAGUUCGAGAGAUUUUUAAAAAGGAAGUGGAACCAAUAAUCGUCCCAAAACUCUCAUUUUCACAAAAGCGUCAACUUGCCAUAUUCUGCGGUCUUCCAUUUGUUGGUUUCGGAACGUUAGAUAACAUUGUGAUGAUAACUGCCGGUGAAUAUAUCGAUAAUACUUUUGGUGCUUUCCUGGGCCUUUCAACAAUGGCAGCUGCUGCCCUCGGGAAUAUGGUGUCAGAUGUAGCUGGAAUAGGGACUGCCGGCUAUGUGGAGGAGAUGGCGAGUAAAAUAGGAAUCUUACCUCCUGAGUUAUCUCCAGAGCAAGUGGACCUCAAAACAACAAAGCUCAUAUCCACCUUGGGUCGAAUGAUAGGUGUUGCUAUCGGCUGUACCAUCGGGAUGGCGCCACUUUUACUGAUCAGUCGAGAUGACGAUGAGGAGGAAGAUACUGAAGCAGAAGAGAAGUCGGAGGAAUCAAAUCCGGAAAGGACAGAAAAAUGAUAUUAGGGAAACUAUUGAAUAUUCAGAACUUUGGUGGAAAGUUUUCAUUCUGGUGGAUUUAGGCCGUUCAAUAUGAAAUACUCGUGUAUCAUCACUCAACCUGAUAAAAUUUGGUAGAGAGGGUCUUUGAUGUCUAUUUGGUAUUUGAUAUCAUGUUUGGUCAGUCAAGUUGGCCAUCCCCUGAGAAUAUAACAGCUUGAUACUCUAUGUAUUCAGUAGGAUUGUUUGAUGACCUGAGGUCAGUUUAUCUGGAUGGGAAAGACGACAAUCUUGCUAUUGAUUUCACCAAAUGUCCUGGUCAGAUUAGUAUACAAAUAUCAAAAGUUUGGAAAGAAAAUUGAAGAAAGGACUUAUGGCUUGAAAAUACAGUGAAGGCCAAGGUAGUAGAGGCUUUAUUAGCUGUAGAAUGUAUUAAGGUAUACAUUUUCUUCCAUAGAUCUAGAUCUAGUCCGUCAACUGACUUCUGAGCCCACUUGGUACAUAAGGCUGCAUAUCCAAGGAUUGUUCCCUCUUAUUCUGACAGCGUAGGUUUCCUCCUACUUUCAUUACAAUUGCCCAAUACCACAGCCUAUGGAAAGGCAGCCUUAUACUGGUCAACUGUGCUUGGUUGUCAAUGAGAACAAUGUUUUCUAGUUAUUUCAUUAUAGUUCACCCAUCAUCUGUUAACUUUUGUACAGUAGAAUCCCUCCAAGGUUAACCCUUUCAAUGCAGAAUCCAUUUUUUGAGUUUAAAUUUGUUAUCUAGAUUUAAGCCUAUCUUUAUUUGCAAACUGUGUGUUAAACCUUCUUCUGUGUUGACUUGUUAAAUCUGCGUAAGAUAUUGAUGUGCAUUCAGAUGAUACAGCUUGGGCAAUGCUGAAGCUAGCUCUCUAGAUUCUUGCAAAGCUAAUUGCUUUCGUGUUUGGUCAUUUAAGUUCAAGGGGCGGGAAAAGAAUGCUGAUAAAAGCACUACAUCUAUUUCUAGGCCUGUUAUUACCAAUGCAUUGCUUCAGCCUUGGGAAGCUUAGACAUGCAUUACUAUACAAUUUUACAUGAGUAAAUUGGCUUUAUUUCAUAAUCAUCAUCCGUAUAAAUUGUUUAAGGGUGUUCAAAUAAUUGUAGAUUUUAAUGUGUUCAAAUCUGUCAAUAACUGUCGGGUUUUAGUUGUAGUUGAAUAUGUACAAAUGUACAUGUAUUGUACUUAUAUCUGGUGAUUGACACUUGUUUAAUUAAGGACACUAGUUUUGGUCCCAUAUUGGUUGUUUUCAUUCAAUUCGAUCGCUCUAAUCAGGAUACCUCACCAUUAAGGCCAGAACUUAUCAGUCUUGACGGUGUUGUUAAGAGAGAAUUUCUACUGUAUCGAGAAUCACUGUCCGAAAUAAAGUAGUUUUGGUUUAUAUAUUUCUGAAAAGGAUCUGAAGGAUCUUGUUUGGAUGUGCCAUACACUCAUGCUCAGAGAAUAUUAGAAAGUACAUGUAGCAUAAUUCAGAGGGGUGGGGGGAAAGAUGUAACGUAAACCGGUGUCAAAAAGUAAAAUAUAUAUCAGCUGUUUGAUCAUUGGAAAACACUAUGCUUGUUCUUAUAUUUGAAAACAUUAGAGAGAAAAAAAUCAACAAACCUGUGAAAAUUACAUGAGGUUAAAAGGUUUAUUGUUCACCUGAAGAGAUGUCAGCGAAAUCCUUUUUCAAUUCAUACAUUCAGAUUUGGGGACAAUUAAAGUCCUGUUCUUUGUCAACUUUUCAAAGGAUACAAAGGUAGGAUGGUCUCCUAUUUCAGUCCAUAAAAGAAUAGGCAUAGUGUUUUCCUAAUGACAUGAUUGUCGUUUAUUGUAAAUAUAGAGAGAUUGUGUGUGGACCUGCAGUGGUUGUAUGCCAUGACUAUAAAAAUACUCUUUGUAGUGAAUAACUAAGUCCUGAACAUAUGUUACAUUCUUUUGGUGCGGAAGGCAUUUUUGGUCUGCGUCAAUAGGUCUUUAGAACUACUAGUAUCUUUAUGUUACCCUGCCAUAGACAGAUGUCUACCUCAUAACAUCUUUUCACCUAUGUCGUCAACAAGUACAAGAAAGUUGACCAGUAUAGUACAAAAACAGGUGAAUAAAUUGCAAAGUAGGGCUUAAUAUUGGACGUUAUGAUGGCUGGUGAUUUUUGUGUUUCGGUGAAGUGGCUAUAUUCGGCAAAUGAGACAUAUAUUAUCAUAGAAAUGAAAAGGAUAAGUUAGAAAAAAGCUUCUCAAUUCAUUGUGCUAGCCAAAUGGCAUUUAUUUCACCAGAAUCGGCUUAAUCACACUGGUGAUCUGUCACCGUGAUGAUAAUGAUAAUAGUACCGUGUCAGGUUCAUGUCCAAUGCCAAUUGAAAUUAUCUUCACUGGAAGUCAUUUUCUACCAUCUAUAGUUUUAUUUGUAUAGGAUUAUGAAUUUCUAUUGUAUAUAUUCACAUAUUUAAUUGUAUUAUGCAAAAUCAAUAUGAUCAUGAAAAUUGAUUUUAAUAAAACCAUGAUAUGUUACUGAA